AGCUGGAAAGUCCCUGACAGCAAGGGAGGUUUCAGUCAAGAAAACUGCGGUUAGCUUUGUCAUUUUAAUUGAGCUGUAUCAGUAGUUGCUCCACUUCGCUGCGUCCGCGGGUAUAAAAUACUGCCAAGUGGUUUAAGUUCGGAUUUUAUAAGCCAACCGAGUAGAUGCUCUCCCAGCGAGUGCUAGCUGGCAUUAUCAGGCUAGCUCUUUGUGUAGCUAGCUGCUAGCUGAGGGAUGUUUUGUUGUUGUUGAACGGAGCAGCCCUCCCGUCGUCUGGGAGAGGAUUUUUUGGUCAGCUGUGUAUGGAAAAACGCAUUAUCAUCCACUACCGUUAUCUGUGAAAGUGGCCCGUGUGAAGCCCCCGCCGUGUUAUAUUAGAAAAAGCACAGACACAGAGAGAGGGGGGAGUUUAAUCGAAGAGGAAGGAGAUGGGAAACUGUCUGAAAUCUCCGACCUCGGAUGAUAUUUCUUUGCUACAUGAAUCUCAAUCGGACCGGGCCAGCUACGGAGACGGUGCUGACCCCGACCAGGAGCCACCGCCCCCUUAUCAGGAGCAGAUCCAUGUGCCUGUCUACCACCCAACACCCAGCCAGGCCCGGCUGGCCACUCAGCUGACAGAAGAGGAGCAGGUCCGCAUCGCCCAACGUAUCGGACUCAUCCAGCACCUCCCAAAGGGUGUAUAUGAUCCGGGGCGGGAUGGCUCUGAGAAGAAGAUAAGAGAGUGCGUCAUUUGUAUGAUGGACUUUGUGUACGGAGACCCCAUCCGGUUCCUGCCCUGCAUGCACAUCUACCACAUGGACUGUAUAGACGACUGGCUGAUGAGAUCCUUCACAUGUCCCUCCUGCAUGGAGCCGGUGGACGCCGCGCUGCUUUCCUCCUAUGAGACCAACUGACACACACACAUGCACGCACACAUGCCCACACACACCUGUGGACCAGACUGGACAAACACACAAACACACACGCACAUACACAUACAUAUACACAUGUAAUAUGCACACAAAUGGAAAUACACAACUUCCAUCUUACUAACCUUUAUCCUGGAUUAGUAAGGUGGUGAUAUCAAAACAGUGAUGAUGUAAAAGAUUUAGGAAGAACUCUGUGUCUGUCUGUCUGUGUUUGUGUGUGUGUGUGUGUGUGCGUGCGUGCGUGCGUGUGUGUAUGCAUGUACAAGUUCCUCAGUUGGCCUGCUGGACAGGAUUGCAUCUGGGAAAGGACUGAAGGACUGAACAGAGUAUUGGUGUUUGAGGCAAGCAGGAAGGAGCAAAAGAUGAGAGGUGACAAUGGGAGGCUGAGGAUAUGGGUGUAAAGGGGAAGUCAAGGAGAAUCGAUGGCCAUUAUCUGUUAUGAUUAAGAAAUCUUUCAAAGAUCCGCUUUUUAUAUACGCAAAUGCACACAUAAGCACGCAACCAGUCACACACUUCCUCUAUUUACUCCCCAGCAUUAAAAUGAAUUGUGACAGAAUGCAGGAGGAUAUCUGCCGGCCAUCAUCUGGCUGCAGAUUGUGCUUCCUGGACUGUUGAAGUCUGAUUACAAUAAACUACUGCAAGAAAAAGGUGAAGAGAGAAACAGCCUUCUGAAGAUUGCAGGAUCUGCCAGAUGCUUGAUGCAUCUCCACACAGAUACCUCUGCAAGAGGUUCCACAUCUGCAUCAGAAACUGCCACAGAUGCAGAUAUCUGAUUAAAGACUGCCAGAGGUGGACAUCAGAUUUAAGACUACGGACAUCCGAUGAAUUCUGCAGACACAGGCCUCGAGUAGUCUGUAUAGCUCUCUCAUGAGAAACGAUUGAUUGAUUGAUUGAUUGAUUGAUUGUCCUGUGGCUUUGUGAAAUCUGUUCCAUGUUUAGUUUUGUCAGUCAGCACAAGGGCUCUGUUGAACCAGUGUUUACCACAGACAUGGCAAAAGGAAAUGUGUGCUUUAGUCACUAAUGUGAUGUGUAGCUGGUAGACUAUUGCUGUCAAGCUAUCGACUCCUCAUGACUCUCAGUCACUGUGAGAUCUCAGAUUAUUGGCCAAAGCACAAAAAUAUGACUGUAGACUGAUAAACAAACCAUUUUACAAAUCAGAGAUAUUUGCACUUCUUCAUUGUGACAAGAGUCAAGAAUAUGUGUUCAGAAGUUAUGUCAAAGUGAAGUACAGUAUAUGAUUUUCUUCAUCUGCAUUCUCAUGAACUUUAUUGAAAGCAACAAAUCUCUGUGGACCAGGAGUGGAAAUGGAAGUUAUUACUGGUGGCAAUAACCACAAACUCCAAUUUCAAUCCUCAACAAAAGUCCACACCAUAAUAAAAAAUACAAUCAAGGUCAAUCUUAUUUAAUGUGUUAUAAAGCAUAACUUCAUUAAGCAUACUUUCCUGUGACAUAUGGUCAUUAAACCAGCUCUAGGGAAAUAUUUACACAAUGGCAGGCACCGCCUUCAAGAUGGAUCUGGUCCUGUGUCAGUUCAUACAAAUGACAUUUGUACCUAAUGUAGUCAGAGUCAGUAGUUACACAAUGCAGAUAAUGCAUUUUUCAGUUUAAACAAGGUCUAUUUCAAUCAAAAAAAAAACUAUGAAAAUGAUGUUUGUGCUAAUUCACACAUCAUGUUGCUACACUUUUUUAAAAUAUCUAUUGCCCAAGUCACCCAGUUUACUAUUAAAGCACAAAUAAAUACAAAUAUUCUGUUAUAUUUUCCUUCUCCCUGCUAACUUCAGCAUGUAAAUGAGUCAGUAAGAUGAAAUAUGCAGGAACAUGGUAAACAUACUCAUCUGAGCUCCCCCUGCGUAAUGGGCAUGACUCAGAUCUGACAGUUUGAAGGCAUGCCUUUAGUGAUCUGUGUGUGUGUGUGUGUGUUUCUACUUGGCUUUAUAGCCUCUGUUUGUGUGUGUGUGUGUGUGUGUGUGUUUGAGAAAGACUGGGGGAGGCAUUUUUGCACAGUAAUUUAAUCUACUUAACUCUUCAUGUUGUACAUUUUUCUCCAUCAGUGGAGCUUCAUGGCCUUAGGUUAAGUGUGAGUGAGGCUCAGAAUCAGCUGCUAAAAAGUGGAGCAGAGUCCAGUUUAUUACAAGAAACAAGAAGUUUAGAUGGCAAAUUCUUCUGGCACGCUGGCAGUCAUUGUACAUGUCAUAUCAUGUUAAGAUAAACUGUUAAUAAACAAACAGUAUUGUGGUGUUUGGACUGAAUUUCUGUCUCGUCACCUGCUCCCUGGAGGGUUCCCACUGCCUUUAUCUGCAUUCCACAGCAUUCCUGCGGUACAAUGGAUGACCGCUAUGGAUACAGUGAACAUUUUGCAGAGCAGGAAAGGUUUUGAUCUCAGUCUGGACCAAAUCAAGGCUGGGUGGGACUGCAAAUGCAAAGGAAACUAAGAUGACCAUGUCAUUGUGUAUGUGUGUGUAUCUUUCAUACAACAAAAUAAUUGGUUUAACUAAAUCUACAUAAGUAUCCUAAUCCUUAUUCAUGUGAAGACUAGCAUUCUCCCAAAGCUUCAUAUUUUAUGCUUUCUUCAAUAAGGUGACGUUUUGUGGAGCUGCUUCAUGGAACCGACUAGAGUUCCACUGAAAGGCUUUGAGGGAUAAAAUGUGUUCCCAAGAAAAUGACUCAUGUCCACACUGUUGGUUAAACCCUGCUCUUUUGAUGAGGAAGCAGCUGCACAAAAAUGCUGCCUCACCACAUUUCAGAUAGAGCUUUGCCUCCUAAGUUGAUUCUUGGGAGAAACUUAUUUAUUUAAAAUGUCCAAAUUGACAGGAAUGACAAGCGAGUGCUGUUUUCGGGUGGAUUUUUUUUUUUUGUGCUUUAAGUACAGGAUUGAUCAGCAAAGUUUGCUCAUACGUGAACUGGGUAUGUGUGUUGUAUGUUUGUGUAUGGAUGCUUGUUAGACCUUACCUUGUUUGUAAGCAUAAUUAUGCAUAUGCUAUGUACUACAGGCAAAUAAUAAAUAUACAUUGCGACACA